AUGAAAUGCUCAUCAACAGGGCGGGCAUGUCUUGGAUAUGAGCCUCGUCUCAGAUGGACCGAUAGUGUCGCCAGCCGUGGAAAGUUCAGUGGGAAAUCAUUUGAUGUCUCGACGUCAACGGGAUCGGAUGGUGUAUUUCCACCUGUAUCAUCUCCGCAACGCAAAAGCACAACGGAUAUUCUGCUGUACUUGACCGCCACGAAAGCGCCUCCCAACCCGCAGCCUUCUUCCAAUGAGACCGUGGAAUUUUAUAUGUCAUAUUAUGACAGCCAUGUAUGCAAGGAUCUCGUUCUCGAGGACCUGCCCCACCGUAACAGCUUCCGCAACCUCCUCGAUAUUUCCCGCCACCAACCCAUGCUUCGUGAGAUCAUGAUCGCCAUUUCGGCUUUACAUCUUGCAAAUUUGACUAAUACAAAGCACUUGGUAGGUGUUCAGUAUUUUUCACAGUCUAGGUCAAUCGGUUCCCCGUACAAGGAUGCCCUCGUGGCCAAGUCGAGAGCACUGUGUCUGCUUGCGGAUGGCCUUGCCAAGAUGUCAACAUCGAACGGAGACGUGUUGUUGGCGACAAUCAUGCUCUUCAUCAUGUUUGAGAUGCUCGAUUCGGGGACCAAGGAGUGGAGAUUCCACACGGAAGGUGCGAGGCAGUUGAUGGAGUACCUGCACGGCAAUAUGAGAGCGGAGUCGGUUUGCCUCAAGGAUUUGCGGGCCUCCUUGAUGUCCACCUGCAUAGCAUACAAUAUUCUUGGAACCACGUUCACAAAGUCUUCGAUUGAUUGCCGCGAUUGCAUCAACCCAUCCAUGGUGCAAGACGAAGAUCUUGCGAACACUUGUCUCUCGUGCCCGCCACCCCUGCUGCGUAUCAUCCGAGACGUAUCGCAAUGCUCACGAAGAGAGAAAUCCGAGCGACUGUCAGUACGAGAUGCCGACCGCCUCGUAUCUCUUACGGCCGCGUUUGACGUGCUUGCAUGGGUAAGCUCUCUUCAGCGAAUCUCCGCUUCAUUCGAUAUCGAGAAGCGCCUGCAUGUCGGAAUGGCGUACAAGAGCGCAGUUUGCAUCUAUGUCAUGCGAGCAGUCUCACCCGAUGCAAGUAUGUCCGAGCCACUCGAGGGGUGGGUUUCGGACAUCCUAUAUCACCUCUCAUUCAUCCCUCCAGGUGACUGGUUCUUCAAAGCAACAUGUUGGCCUUCCUUCAUCGCCGGAGCUGAGACGAACAAUGCCACGCAACGCGAAACCAUCAUAUCGCGGCUCGAAAAAGGACUCAUGGACUUGCCAUGGGGAUAUCUAGCGAAUGCAGUUCGUCUGCUGCGCAACAUAUGGUUGCAAAAGGAUGGAGGCGGCAGCUUGGACUGGCUCGUGUCACUUAAGGAGGCGCAAACGGAUUGGUUAAUUGCUUGA